GGGCGAAUAGACUGACUGAGUGAGGGUUAUUAUGGUUGUUCUGAGGUACAGUAUGUUCUAUUCUCGGCAGGAAAAUGUGUCGACAGUAAAGGGGAAGAAGAGAUCUACGAAAAUUGAGGUAAACUGGCCGGUGGUCACUGGAUCAUCAUGAAUGACAAGCAGCUGAAAAAGCAUUCGCUCGGCAUUAUCCGAAAAGGAAGCUCUAUGCGGGAUUCUCCACAAGGGUUCUGGGCGGUAAGGACUAUACUGUGUAGAUCUCAACGACGUCAUUUCAUUGCAUUUCCUUCUCACUACAGCGGCGUUACCGUACAUUCUUCCUGCUUCUCAAUACUCAUGAUAUCCCCUCCUUACAUAGCGAUGGCGAAAUAUACUUGAUCAUAGCCACCACCCAUGGCGAACGACAGGCACCCAAAGUAGA